ACACUAACAAGAAGUGAGUGAAUGUGAAUGACUGCAGUGCGACAGACUGAACAAACACACACAGUGCUGCUGAUAAACAGGAUAAACUCCUGCAUGAUGCAGAACUAUAUUAGAUUAUGAGCGCUGAAAUGAUUCACACAGUGAGCCUCUUUGUACUGCGGAGUUUGCGAGGGAAGGCUGCUCUGAUUGGCUGAUGGCGGGUGACGUCCCGCGCCUCGGCCCCGCCCCCGCUCGCGCUCCAGAGCAGGUGGAUGCUCGUCGGCUCCUCACUCGUCCCGUGCGCUUCAGGAAUCGGUUUGUGAAGCUUGAGCCGCGAUGGGUCGGAAGGAGUUCGACUGCAGCUGGAAGAAAAUCACCAACAACAUCAAGGAUGUCUUCGACUUCAAAGAAGUCCUGGGGUCGGGCUCGUUUUCUGAGGUUUACCUGGUGCGAGAGAGAAAGACGGGGAACUUCUACGCCCUCAAGUGUGUGAAGAAGAAACAGCUGCACCAUUCCAACCUCGAGAACGAGAUCAAAGUGCUGAAGAGGAUAAAGCAUGAUAAUGUGGUGGCACUGGAAGAUUUCUACGAAACGAGAACACACUAUUACCUGGUCAUGGAGCUGGUGUCGGGUGGAGAGCUCUUCGACCGUAUUCUGGAUCGAGGUGUUUACACGGAGAAAGACGCCAGCCGUGUGAUCAAACAGGUCCUGGAGGCCGUUUCCUACCUGCAUCAGAACAGCAUUGUCCACAGAGACCUGAAGCCUGAGAACCUGCUGUACUACAGUCCGGACGAGAACGCAAAGAUCAUGAUCAGUGACUUCGGUCUGUCCAAGAUGGCCGAUCAUGGCGUGAUGUCCACAGCCUGUGGAACACCAGGAUAUGUUGCUCCGGAGGUUCUGGGUCAGAAACCGUACAGUAAGGCUGUGGACUGCUGGUCUAUCGGCGUCAUAACCUACAUAUUAUUGAGCGGCUACCCUCCGUUUUACGAGGAGAAUGAAACGCGCCUGUUCUCCAAAAUCAUGAAGGCAGAAUACGCCUUCCACUCACCGUACUGGGACGAGAUCUCUGAGUCAGCGAAGGACUUCAUCAGGCACAUGCUGGAGAAAAACCCUAUCAAACGCUUCACCACCGAACAAGCGCUCAGUCAUCCAUGGAUCAUUGGAGACACGGCACACAAUGACAACAUCAUUCAUUCGGUCUGUGAGCAGAUGCAGAAGAACUUUGUCAAAUCCAAAUGGAAGCGGGUCAUUAACGCGACGGUGGUGGUCAGUCACAUGCGGCGGCUGCAGCUGGCCCACGCUGACCCUCCGGCCCCAGCCCCGCUCAUCCAGGUGCUGGACGUCUCGUCUCCCGGCCUGCCCCCCAACGAGCUGGACACCAAUGGGAACCCCUCGUGCAGUCACAUGACCCUGUCGCCUCAAGCUGAUGUCAGCAGGGGGCGGGGCCCACUCAAGGCCUGCAACAGCGAGCCGAUGCACGCGCUGGUCAUCUGUGAGACGGGGCAACACGUGUAUCGCUCCGAGUCCGACCUGCCCUGCGCCGCCAACAGAUCGGACAGUGUGACAUGUUGCACAGAUGGGCGGGGCCAGUCCCUGCAGACCGGGGUUUGCUCUCUGAUGUAAUGGUCUGAUUGACAGCUGUCAGUCAAAUGAAAUCCUGCGCUCGUAGGAUGAUCAAGUGUGUUUUUCACGGACGUUUCGGGGUCCGUCACAAGCCGAGUGCCAAUCGCACACACAUCUGCAUCUCAAAUCUUCAUCUCUCACUAGCGAAAGUGUCAUUUCGAGGAGAUCGAGAAUGUCAUUUCUCUCAGGAAUUCAGGAUGAGGCAGAUUUAUUGUAUUAUUAUCCAUAUAUUCAUGAACGAUAGUCGUGUUUGGGCCAAUGGCGGUGCAUCAUGGGAAGAGCGGAUCAUAUGUGCCACUGUUUUACUUUGAAGGGCUGCAGGUUUGAGUGUUUUUAAGCUAAGUUAAGCUAAGUACUGUGUUUAAAUCUUAUUUUCUUAUUUUAAACUCGCUGUUGUAUUCUCUAUAUUUAUGUUUUAUAUAUGAAUAUAAGAUGAUUGUAUCUGUUAUUUAGGGGCUUAUUACACGCCCUGCUGUAAUCCAUAAACACGCUGCUGUAUGUCUGUAUUAAACAACAUAAAUUAAAAUGAUUUACACACCAACAUAA